AUGCAGGGGGGAGUGAAGGAUGAGUUCAAUGUGGGAAGUGGAGCAAUAGUGAAGAAAGGACCAUGGACUGCAGAAGAAGAUGAAAUACUAAUGGAGUAUGUUCGCAGGAAUGGACCAAGAGACUGGAGCUCAAUUCGUUCUAAAGGUCUUCUUCCAAGAACCGGCAAGUCUUGUCGUCUUCGUUGGGUUAACAAACUCAAACCAGACCUCAAAACAGGAUGUAAGUUUUCUCCGGAGGAAGAGCACAUUGUGAUUGAUUUGCAGGCGAGGUUCGGAAACAAGUGGGCGAGGAUUGCUACUUAUUUGCCAGGAAGAACAGACAAUGAUGUGAAGAAUUUCUGGAGUACUAGACAGAAGAGACUUGCAAGGAUACUGAAAACAACAACACUGCAAACAAAAUCAGAGAAAAAUGUGCAGAUAAAUUCAACUGUUUCUUCUCAACAAUUGUUGCUCCCUUUUGAACCAAAUCCUCAUUGUGAUGGGCAAUGUAGCAAUCUUCACUACUUUGAUGAUAACAUUGAGAUUCCACUCAUGCCUGAAUGCUCUGAGAUGAUGCCUGGAUUCCGUGAUAUGAGUUUCAAUGAUGAGUCAUUUGUUCCUCAUGGGUUGUUGCCAUAUUUUGAGUUUGAUGUUGGACAGCAGGGGAUAAAGAAGGAGAAUGAAAGUUCUGAGACACCUGAUGGUUUUUUCGAUGAUUUCCCUGCUGAUAUGUUCGACUACUUGGACCACCCUCCAACUUCAUCUUCUGCAACAUGGUAGCUCUAAGCUAGAACAAUACAUGUCUCUCUGUUGUUGUAGUUGUUGUUGUGGCUGUUGUUGUU